UCCGGUUGGUUAGGCGGCGCUCCCGCCGCCUUCGUCUCGUUGCCUCCAGACUCGGCUCGGCUCGGCUCGCUCGGCUCAAUGAUUAAGGAGGCUCUUUCUUUGCUUCCGCCGUCUCUCUCUCGCCAUGUCGGUGCCGGAUCUGCGGCUGGAUCCUUCCAUUCGCUUCUGGAUUUUGCUGCCCGUGGCCUGGAUCGCGGUGGCUGUGGGGAUCCUGCGCCUGCGCGUGGCGAAGUUGCUGCGCGGCGAUCGCAAGCCGGCCUGGCCUGAGCAACGGCAAGACACGCAAAUUCUGACUCGCAGCCGCCUCUUGAGAGAAAAUGGACGGUUCCUAACUCACCAGGGUUUUCUUAUGCGUAAGCAUUACUUCAAUAAUUCUGAGAAUGGCUUCUUUCGCAAAACUAAACGCAAACUGCAGUCCCGAAACCCACUGACAGAUCCCACAGUGGUUACAGAGAUGAUGAAGGGCAACCUUAUUGAUGUUCUGCCCAUGAUUCUCAUUGGAGGCUGGAUCAACUGGGCCUUCUCUGGCUUUGUGGCUACUAAGGUUCCCUUCCCCUUGACCCUGCGAUUCAAGCCCAUGUUGCAGCGUGGAAUUAACCUGCCUUCCAUGGAUCCCUCGUGGGUGAGUUCGGCCUCCUGGUAUUUCCUCAACGUCUUUGGACUCCGCAAAAUAUACAAACAUGUUCUGAGAGAGGACCCUGAGCCAAGUCAGCUAUUGCUCGAAGUUCAGUUCAUGGGCCCAGAUAUUCCUGCUCCACCAGAUCCCAACAAGGCCUUCAAAGCUGAGUGGGAAGCCUUGGAAUUGGUCUCUCACCGCUGGGCACUUCAGGAUGUUGAAGAACAGCUGAUAUCACAGGACCUCAAGUUGACUGGGAUGUCCAGUCCAGAUUGAGCUCUAUCAGUCCACUCUGGAGUACAGUCCUACGGGAUGACAGUGCCCAGAGAUACUCUGUUCAUCACUAUGAAUUGGUGGCCAAGGAUCACCUAUUGUGCAUGGUUUGCUAAAGUUGUGAAGCUGUGCUUGAUUUAAAUGGCAAAAGGUACUGACAGCGCUGAAAAUCAAUGAUCAGCAGUCUGAUCAGGAAAUGGUAUUAGAAAACUUGUGAAGAGCUAAAGCAUGGAAUAGUGUCUUCUGCCAUUUCCUGAUGUGCAGCAAGAGAAAAAAAAUGUGAUAAAUGUAUUUGGAGGCUUCAGGUAGAAAUUUAAUGUAUAUGGUAUUGCAGAAUACUGGGUAAUAAACCAAGGUAGCUGCAACUUUUCCUGAUCAAUUGGUAUUUGUUUAGGGACAGAUUAUAAGAGGUGCUAAAUAGAUCCUCUGUCAGCUUUGGAAGCCAUACUAGGCCCGAAGGCUUCCACACGCUGCCACAUUCUCCUCUGUGGGAAAGGAGAGGAGGUAAUGUCAAGGUUCCAGUAAACCCCUCCUGCAGAAAAGACUCCUAAGCCAACAUCUUUCAAAGUUUUUUUACUAGCAUA